AUGAUGCACUCGAGGGUGAUUUCAGUAUUCUUCAACAGCGUCUCGUCUUCCUGCUUUUUCACCAGUGGCCAACUUUUUACACACUUGUAUACUCUCCCUCACAAUCUCGACAUUCAUUGCCCAGAUCAAAGAAAAACUAUCAUCCUCACCACCAUUACACGCGAAAAGUCAAGUGUCUCCGCCACCAUUUGUCCAUCUGUCUUUACGUCGUCUGCCCAUUUUCCCUCGUAA